GACAGAGAUUCGAAAACAAAAAAAGGGAAAAACCGGAGAACGUCGCGGACGGGAUAAGGGCUUUAAAUACCAGCAGUACUGUGGGUGCGCGUAUCGCGGUUUGGUGUCUGAUAAAACUGGACCGGCUCGCGCUGCGAGGAGGGCUCCCGACUCGCUCCCGGCCAGAAAACCGUUGCGGUGGAGUUUGUUAUUUGGCGCCGAUCAGUGACUGUGUCGCUGGGAAUUCUGCAUCUGUGGUCAAUAUAGUGUCUGGCUGACCCGUGCGGUGCUGCUGAGGCAACUCGAGAGGCAACGAUCCAUCCAAGAACCGAUGCACAUGGCAAGUCACACCGCAUAAAGCGAUUGCUCGCAGUCCCAGCAAGCAUGCGCGGCAAUAGUGUGGGUGGCCGCCCUACCGGUGAGCAGACACAGCAGCAUUGGAACAAACCGGGAAUGCCGCGAAUUAGCAGUCCACGCCGGCUCAUUGUCCCUGACUCUAUCCUGAUCCAGAACCAGGCGCUGGGUGAAUUAGAGCCUGCCGGCGAAUCCGCUGCCAGCGACCGGUCCAAGCAUGCGCAUGCUGGAUCAGGCGAAAUUAGCAGAUUACGCUCCAAGCGGCCUGGCAAAGCCGCCAAAGCCGGGGACGAUCACUUCUGGUUGUAUACUUUGGGCAUAGACAUCGCCGCUCGUUCCACCGCAACACACUUUAAUUCUCAAACGCGAAACAACCUGUACUUUUUUUUCUCGAGCGCUUUGGCUUGUGAAGCAUUAACCGCUAAUUAAUACUGCCUAUUAGAAAAGGUUAGUACUCAUUUGCAGUCAGCUCCAGUGCUUUGCAGUUUUGAACUCAGUAAGAAGACAGGGGCGCUGUGGCUCCCCUCCCCAGCCAGGGGAAAGAAACCAAAGCGUGGGCAACAGGGAGCUCCAACUGGGCAGUAUGAGACCUAUCCAUGCUGCAGGGGCUCGCCAGUAUGUUGACAUUAAGCCUCUCUGCUCCCUUAUUUCCUCAUUCAUUCUCGUUUGUAAUCUCAUCCACCAUUUUCGCUUUCAGAAUUUG